AUGAAAGCUCGGCGCAAAUUUACGAUUGUAGUCCUUGGGAGUGGCGGUGUUGGCAAAAGCGCCUUGGUUGUCAAGUUUGUUUGUGGCAAAUUUGUCGAUAAGUAUGACCCAACUAUCGAAGACUUUUACCAAAAAGAAGUCAGUUUUGCAGGUAUACCGAGGACACUUCGUAUCCUAGAUACAGCUGGAACUUCUCAGUUCUCUUCACUUCAUGACCUGUACAUAAAAAAUGGUGAUGGAUUUCUUAUUGUCUAUAACUUAGUCAAUCGCCAAACCUUCAACGACAUUCGUAAUAUGCGAGAAACCAUCCUGCGUGUAAAAGGUCUUCCUCCCACCGCGUUUGUGCCCCUAGUUCUUGUGGGCACAAAAGCUGAUCUGUACAGGGAGUCAAAUGAUAAAUGUUCUGCUCUUUGUGAUCCUGCAAAUCUGGCAGAUGAGUGGCUCUGUCCCCAUAUUGAAACUUCGGCGCGCAACAAUAUAGGUGUGGAAGAUGUUUUUAUCGAGCUCCUUUCUCAGGUUAGUAUCCUGUAUGCUAACGUACCAGAAGUUUGUAGAACAACUCACUUAUUAGGUGAUGUACGGUGCUGCAGUAUGUAG